CCUUGCCCGAGUGUGGGGGAACCGAACGGCCUGGGAAAACCAGUAACAAGACGGAGGCCGCCCCUGCACCACCAUAUACGUUUUUGCAGAGACCAAUGAGGUGUGAGAGUGAUGGAUGAGGAUGUGAAGAGGCUGGCGCUUCAAGAGCCCAAAAUCAUUCUGCACGGAUCAGAUGAGUUUGUGGUGGAGCUGCAGGAGACAGUGCUGGUGUCAGAGGGUGAGAUGGAGAGUGAGAUGGAGGGAGAAGGGGUGGGCAGUUUUUCUCAGGAUGAGCUUGUGAUCCAGGACGCUGUGGAGGAAUAUGUACAUUGUGAGGAAGAGGAGGGCGUUGCUGUGGAAACAUGUGUGAUGUCACUGGAGGGCGAGGAAGAGGAAGAGGAGGAAGGUGUUGCCAUGGCAAUGCCAGAAGAUAUGCUGGUUGCUGAGGGCACAGAACAGGAGCAGGAUGCUGAGACCUGUGGGGACUACCUGAUGAUCUCCUUGGAUGAGGCAGGGAAGAUGGUGUCGGGGGAAGGAGAGGAGGUUAGGGUGGAGGAGGCGAUUGAUGAACAGGAAGUGGAGAAGGAUGAGGACGGGCAGGAAGUCAUUAAAGUUUACAUCUUUAAAGCUGACUCUGGAGAAGAUGACCUAGGGGAAACGGUGGACAUCGGCGAGAAUGAAACACAAGCUGUAGCCGUGGCAGACUCCACAGGGCGGCCCCUACGAGAGAAAAUGGUGUACAUGUCUGUUGCCGACAGCCAUCACACACAAGGAAAGCUCUCUGAUGAUGUGUAUAUGGAGGUGGUGGUGGGUGGGGAGGAGCCUGUUGGCCAUGACAGACCAUAUGACAGCUCCACCCUUAGGCCAUAUGACAGCUCCGCCCUCAGCAAAGACUUCAUGCCAGUCGCUUGGGCUGCGGCAUAUGGUGCAGAUGAAGGGGAGGAGUGUGAGAAUCGUAACGGAGCGGCCAGUGCCCUGUUGCACAUUGAUGAAUCCGACACUAUUGACAAACUCGACCCCCAGCAUGGCAAGAGCAGAAGACGAGCAGAACCACGGCAGGUUCAGACAGCGAUUAUCAUUGGUCCUUAUGGCCAGCCGUUGACGGUGUACCCCUGCAUGCUUUGUGGGAAGAAGUUUAAGUCUCGAGGUUUUCUGAAGCGUCACACCAAGAACCACCACCAGGAUGUGUUGAGCAGGAAGAAAUACCAGUGUACCGACUGUGACUUCACCACCAAUAAAAAGGCCAGUUUGCAUAACCACAUGGAAGUCCACACACUGAGCAACAAAACUGCCUUUGAGUGUGAGACGUGCGGGAAAGAGUUUCACCAGCAGGCGGCGCUCUUCUCCCACAGGCUGCAGCACCAUCACCGUGAGCCCAAAGCCCCUCCCACUCCACCUGCCCCAACCAAAACGCACAAAUGCAAAUUCUGUGAGUAUGAGACAGCAGAGCAGGGGCUGUUAAACCGCCACCUGCUGGCCGUCCACAGUAAGAGCUUCCCACAUAUCUGCGUGGAGUGUGGCAAAGGAUUCCGUCAUCCGUCAGAGCUAAAGAAACACAUGCGCACACACACGGGCGAGAAACCGUACUCCUGCCACUACUGCGACUACAAAUCAGCCGACUCCUCUAACCUGAAGACGCAUGUGAAGACCAAACACAGUAAGGAGAUGUCCUAUAAGUGUGAACGCUGUUUCCAGACGUUUGCUGAGGAAGAGGAGCUGACCCAGCAUAUGAUCACGCAUGACGAAGAGUCACGAGGCCACCAGUGUUCCCACUGUGACCACCGCAGCUCCAACUCCAGUGACCUGAAACGCCACGUCAUAUCUGUACACACCAAGGACUAUCCGCACAAGUGCAGUGUUUGUGGGAAAGGCUUCCACCGGCCGUCCGAACUGAAAAAACACACGGCUGCCCAUCGGGCCAAAAAACUACAUCAGUGUCGGCACUGCAGUUUCAAAAGUGCUGACCCGUUUGUGCUGAGCCGGCACAUUUUGUCCGUACACACCAAGGAGCAGCAGCAGCCGCAGCAGCAGCCGCAGACGCAGACGCAGACGCCACAGCCGCUGCCUGACAAGGCCCCUGCCAAGAGGACCUUAGUGGGAGCAGGUGGGGGUGGAGGUGGGGUGAAGAAGGGUGGGGGAGGGGGUGUGAAGGGGCAUCGGGAAAGGAGGGUAUAUCAGUGUCAGUACUGUGACUACAGCACAGGUGACGCCUCUGGGUUUAAAAGACAUGUGAUCUCCAUCCAUACGAAAGACUACCCCCAUCGCUGCCAGUUCUGCUCCAAAGGCUUCCGCAGGCCCUCCGAGAAAAACCAGCACAUAGCACGACACCACAAGGACAUGGUACAGACAGAGUGAGCAAGGACUCGCCUGUUCUGACUCAUUCACGCCUGACUGUGACUCGGCCUAUCAGAUUGCUUCCAUAGCAACACUAACGGCCACUAAAACGCACCAGGCACAUCACUGCUCCAAUGUGACCUGUGUGUGCGUAUGCGUAUGUGUG